AUGAUGUUCCGGGACCAGGUGGGGAUCGUGGCCGGCUGGUUCCGGGGCUGGAGCGAGUGCGAGCAGACGGUGGCACUGCUGGCACUGCUCAAGCGCGUCACCCGCACCCAGGCCCGCUUCCUGCAGCUCUGCCUCGAGCACUCGCUGGCCGACUGCCCUGACAUCCACCUGCUCGAGGCCGAGGCCAACAGCGCCGCCGCCAUCUCUCAGUGGCCGCAGGAGCCGGCCGAGGCGGCGGUGGCCCUGCUGCUGGCCCACCUGCCGCUGCUGCAGCCGGGCAAUGCGGCGGCCAAGGCCGAGUACAUGAAGCGGCUGCAGAAGGUGCUGGCGGACGCCAUCGAGAGCAAUCGCUGCGUGGAGGAGUCGCGGCAGCUGCUGUCCUACGCCCUCAUCCACCCGGCCACCACGGCCGACGACCGCAGCGCGCUGGCCCUGUGGCUCGGACACCUGGAGGAGCGCCUGGCCCCGCCCGGCCCCGCCCCGCCGGGACCCCCCCAGCGCCGGCCCCCGGCCCACGAGUGGCCCCCCGAGCCCCCCGAGCCCGGGGGCGGCGGCGGGGGGAGCGGCACGGCGGGGGGAGGCGGGGGGGCGUGGGCAGAGCAGCACCCCCCGGGCACGGCCCCCCGGGAGAAUGGACACCCCCCGUUCCAGCCCCCCGGAGGUACCGGGGAAAAUGGGGGGGGAAAUGGGGGAGAAACUGGGAGAAGGUGGUGGGGGAGGAAAAGGGCCCUGCCGUGCCAGCUGCACCCCAGCCCCCUGAAGCGCUCGCUGGCGCUGGUGCCUGGCAGCCCCCAGCCCGGCCCGGGCGGUGACUGGGCAGGGUCGGGGGGGCCCGAGGACCCCCCCGCGGGCCCCCCCCGCGGCCCCGCCCCGCCGUUCGGGGACCACGCGCCGCUGUCCCCCCAGAGCAGCGUGGCCUCGUCGGGCAGCGAGCACACCGAGGAGCCCGGCGGGCGCAACUCCUUCCAGGAGGACGGCAGCGGCAUGAAGGAUGUCCCCUCGUGGCUGAAGAGCCUGCGACUGCACAAGUACGCGGCGCUGUUCGCGCAGAUGAGCUACGAGGAGAUGAUGACGCUGACUGAGCAUCACCUGGAGUCACAGAACGUCACCAAGGGUGCCCGGCACAAGAUUGCCCUGAGCAUCCAAAAGCUGCGGGAACGGCAGAGCGUCCUCAGGGCACUGGAGAAGGUCACUGGGGUGUGCACCCAGCUCCUGGUGUCACGGCCAGACGAGGAGAACAUCACCAGUUACCUCCAGCUGCUCGAGAAGUGCCUGAGCCAUGAGGCGUUCACGGAGACGCAGAAGAAGCGGCUCCAGUCCUGGAAGCAGCAGGUGCUGAAGCUGCUCCGCGCCUUCCCCAAGAAGGGGCCCCUGGACGGCCCCCCCGGAUACCGGCCCCCCAAAAGGUACGCCUUCGGCUCCAACUCUCUCCCCAUAGCUGGCUCUGUGGGGGGGGGGCGGCGGGGGGGAGGCCGCCCCUUCGCGCUGCCCCCCCGGGCCCUGCCCCCCCCCGCCCGCCUGGGGCUGCUGGGACCCCCCGGGGGGGCCCCCGCCCCCAGACCCCCCCUCGGAGCCCCCCCCUUGGGCACACAGGGACGGCAGCGCCGCGGCCCCUAA